ACUACCCCUACAACAACUCCACCUACCACAACAAGUCUCCCUACCACAACAACUCCCCCUACAACAACAAUUCUCCCUACAACAACUCCUCCUACAACUACAACUCCACCGACAACACCUACAACUACAACAGCUCCACACACCACAACUCUACCUACAACAACUCCAAAUACUAAAACAACUGAACCUAGAAGAACUCCCCAUACAAGAACUCCCCAUACAAGAAGUCUGCCUACAGCAAGUAUUCCCCAUAAACAAGAAAUCCACCUACCAGAACCAGAAUUCCCCAUUAAUUUAGCUCCAACCACAACAAUACCUAGCACUACCACUACUCCCCUAACAACAACCACAACAAUUCCCACUACUACGACAACCCUAAGACCUCAUACAACAACUCCCCCUACAACAACCACAACUCUCCCUACAACUACAACAUCCCCCCUACCACAACCACAAGUAUUCCACCUACCACAACAACUCUCCCUACAACAACUCCACCUACCACAACAACUUCACUUACCACAACAUCUCUCAUCUCUCCCUAUAACAGCUCCCCUUUCAACAUCUACAACUUCCCAGACCACAACUCCACCUACCACAACAACUUCUCUUACCACAACCACUCCACCUACCAUAACAAGUUCCCCCAUUGUCCUGUUGUUUUGCUGUUGUUUCUCCAGUGUAUCUGUUGUCAAUUUCAUUUGCACCAAAAUAGGCAACAUUGAUUCAAAAUCACUUACGCUUCCUAACAGAUUGAUAUCCCUGAAAUUUAAUUGAUUUGAUGUUAUACUACUGCGAUGGACUGGCGACCUGUCCAGGGUGUACCCCGCCUUUUAAACGAUGUAAGCUGGGAUUGGCUCCGGCCCCCCGCAACCCUGUAUGCAGGAUAAGCGAUUGAUGAUGGAUGGAUGCAUGGAUGGUGAUGUUAUACAAUGAUGAUUAAGUGUUCCCUUACAAAUCUAUAUUACUAAAUUAAUAUGUUAAUAAUCAAUGAA